UCUUAUUCUUUCUCCAGAGACGGAUCUAACCACUACUCCAUCAAUAAACACGGAUUCUGGGUGAUUUCCUUCUUCUUUCGCUCCAUUUGGGGAUUUUUACUGGUUUUGUUUCCGUUUCUGGUGUUUUCUGACUGAUGAGAAGAAGUCGGCUUAAGUUUGAAGCUCUGGAUUGAAGAUGCAGAACUCUAAAAGCUUUAUGUUGGAUGAUUUUCUAGCAGGAUGGAUCGGAGGAGCCUCCAGUGUGGUUGUCGGCCAUCCGCUGGACACAGUGAAGACGCGGCUGCAGGCGGGAAAAGGCUACAAGAACACUCUCCACUGUGUCCUCACCAUCUACAGGAAAGAAACGGUCACCGGGUUUUUUAAGGGCAUGUCUUUCCCUCUGGCCAGCAUCACCGUCUACAACUCUGUGGUGUUUGGCUUCUUCAGUAACACUCAGAGACUUAUUAGCAAGUAUCGCUAUGGGAAUGAGCUGCAUCCGUGCGGUAUGCUGGACCUGACAGUGGCCAGCAUGCUGACCGGACUGAUGUCAGUGGGACUGGGAGCCCCUGUCGAUCUGGUGAAGAUCAGGCUGCAGAUGCAGACGCAGAAUCUUCUAGCAGAGAACUUGCACCUGGCUGGUAAUGUAUCUAACGGCACCACCGACAUCCCUCUGCGCUCCGUCGACAUCCCCAGCCAGAGACUCUACAGGGGCCCCAUCCACUGCAUCAGCAGCAUCCUGCAGACCGAGGGCCUGCAGGGUCUGUACAGGGGGGCGGGGGCCAUGAUCCUCAGGGACGUUCCUGGAUACAUGCUCUACUUCAUCCCUUACACCAUCUUCUGUGACCUGCUGAAGCCGGACGCCACGUCGACCCCGCACCCCUGCUCCAUCUGGCUGGCUGGAGGACUAGCAGGGUCUAUUUCCUGGGUCACGGCCACUCCGGCUGAUGUGGUGAAGAGUCGAAUGCAGGCCGAUGCUCAGCUGCAGAGGAAGUACAAGGGAAUCUUACACUGCAUCAUCGACAGCUACAAAACAGAGGGAGCACAGGUUUUCUUCCGUGGAGCAUCGGUCAAUGCCAUCCGAGGCUUCCCCAUGAGCGCCACCAUGUUUCUGACGUAUGAACUCUCCCUGCAGUUCUUCAGGAGCUUCUAGGACCAGGAAACCUUGUUAGCUAUGAACGGAACCACUCUCAGUUUUAAACAAAAAAGACCCCAGUUACUUAAAGACAUGAGAUUCAGAGCGGUCCUCUCCAUCCAUGAGGCGUCUGCUCUGAGAAGAUGCUGAUUUGCACCGGACACACUAGAGCCUUAAAACAUGAACCCUGAUGACCAUCUCGUCUCAUGAAGACUGAAGGAUCAACGAUGUGAGGGAGCUAUGAAGCAGCGCCGUCUAGUUUGGGAUCAUAUUUAGAGGAAGAGACCUUAAAAGUCUUAACAGAGACUGUUUUCCUCUGAGCACUCAGAAAAGAAGGUUUUAUAAGCUCUUAAAACACAGCACUGAUUUGGUGACUUGGUGGGCUGAGAUCCAGCAGAAUUUGUUAUGGGAAAGAAGCUUUAGAUUUAUACACGGAUUAUUUCAGCCCCUGUAACGGGUCAUUGGCAUCGUCCAAGUCAACACAAGCAAUAUCCAAUAUUAGCUGAGUUAUUUUCCCUUGGUGUGUGACCAGAAAAUCAACAAAUCGAUGCUUUUUUAAAUUUUUUUUUUCAAUUAUUCACAAAAGGGAAUAAUGCACUUUGAUAUUUGUUUUAUAAAGUUGAAUUGAUGCUGAGAAAACAGAUUUAUAUUGUUCUAAAAAGAUGGAACAUUUUUAACACAACAGCAGGGCUGGAAAAAAUUUUUUGCCCGUUCUCAUUUUGCUUCUUUACUUUCAAGUUAAUUUUUGCACAUGAUAUUCAAAAUACAAAGUGUUUAAAAUGUAUAAGAAAUAUAAUUUUAUGUGUCUAAUUGCAGUUAUAGAAACUUUUAUGGAUGUCCUGAUCAGGUUUUUUUAAUCACCUGUUGUUGAGAUCAGCAGAUACCAAUCAUAUUUUGUUUUUUCUUGCUACCAGCUGGUUUAACAGUUUGUCUACUUAGCUUUGUAAUGUACUGAUGCCUCCUGUAGAUGGCAGCAUAAUCUGGUAAAAGGAGCACGGAAGUCAUUCUUAUUCAUUUAACCUCAGUUUAUCUCAGAAUUUUUACUUUAAUCUCAGGAUUCUGACUUUAAUGUCAGAACUUGGACUUUAAUCUCAGAAUUCUGAUUUAAUCUCAGAAUUCUGAUUUAAUCUCAGAAUUCUGUCUUACAUCU